GUAAUUCAGUCUGCAUCAGUUUGUGUUUGAGUGCGAAACUGCAUUUUAAAUUAAUUUGAACCAAAUAAAAAGUGAAACUCGAAAUCAAAAUGAUUUCAUUCAUUUUGUUAAUCGCUUGUUUUAUUAUAUUCAUUUAUAGUAUUUAUGUGUAUCUCUUUUCAAAACCUGUUAAUUUUCCGCCUGGACCCCCAAAUGUGCCAUUUUUUGGUGGCUACAUUUUCAUGUUGCUGUUGAACUACAACCAUUUGCAUCGUGCCGUUAAUCGAAUUUGUAAAUUUUACAAAACCACUGUUAUUGGAUUUUAUUUGGGCGAGUGGCCGUGUAUCGUCUUGAACGAUUCGGAAAAUGUGAAAAAGGCAUUGUUUCAUCGCGAUUUUGAUGGGCGUCCAGAUAUCUUGAUGGGCCGGCUGAGACAUCCAAAUUUGGAUUUACGUGGCAUUUUUUUCACGGAAGGCGAUAUUUGGCAUGAACAGCGACGAUACACACUUCGGUAUCUGCGAGAUUUUGGAUUUGGUCGACGUUAUGAUUUAUUGGAAAAAGAAAUUGAAAUUCAAAUAGCUCAAUAUUUGGAUAUCAUUAAAAACGGACCAAAAUAUCCGCAUGAGAAUAAAUACUUCAAAGAUGGAAAAGUGUUGCUACCAAUGGCAUUUGGGCCAACUUUUGGAAAUUGUUUUAUAACUUGUUUGCUGAACGAACCAAUUGCACGAGAAGACAUGGCCGACCUCUAUACAGCUGUGGAUAAUGCGUUUAUAUUUCAACGCAAAACCGAUAACUACGGACGCUUAUACAGUUUGAUUGAGGAAGUUGCAAAAUAUUUUCCAGUGAUGUCUGAUUAUACUGUUGCAAGAGAUGCAUCUGUGGAAUUGUACACAUAUUUCACAAAUCUCAUAAACGAGCAAGUAAAAACGUUCGAUGAAACGCACGAGCGACACUUCAUCGACAUGUACAUAAAUAAAAUACGACAAGCUGAAUUGAAUGGCGACAAAGAAUCGCAUUUUUCAUACGAUCAAUUAACAUUGGCGUGCAUCGAUUUUUCAUUUCCAGCACUGUCUGCCUUGUCGACAACGAUCACAUUUUUAUUUCAGCAAAUUUGCCAUGAGUCCGAAGUGCAGCAAAAAAUUCAAGCGGAAAUUGAUCAUGUUGUGGGUCAAGGUCGUUUCCCCACUUUAGAUGACCGCAUUAAUAUGCCAUACACAGAAGCUUGUCUUCGUGAGAUAAUGCGUUAUGAGACACUGGUGCCGUCUGGUUUGCCGCAUAAAGCAUUAGUUGAUACUGAAUUCUUGGGCUAUAGCAUUCCGAAGGGUACAAUUAUAUUGCCGGCAUUAGAUGCAGCAUUUCACGACACUAGCGUAUGGGAACGACCGAAUGAUUUUUGGCCAGAACGUUUUUUGGAUGCAUCGGGCAAAUUGUGUUUGAGCAAAGAUAUUUCAUUGCCAUUUGGUGCAGGAAAACGGUUAUGUGCCGGCGAAACAUUUGCACGGAAUAUGCUAUUUUUAUUCACAACAGCAUUCUUGCAAGCAUUCAGUGUUCGCAUGCCGAACGGUGUGAAAGCGUAUAAAUUCAGUGAAAACUUAACUGGCACCAUUCGCACAACACCAGAUCACUGGCUUCAAGUAACAGCACGUUAGAGACACUUGACGUAUUAUCUACCAUAUACUUGUUAACGUUUCAAUUACGUGUGUGCAUUUCGGGGCUUCGCAGUAAAUUCAAUAUAUAUUAUAUUUAGCGUAUAUUACAAUAUCUUUAAGAAAUUGAAUUGCAGUAGGAAAAUUUGAUAGAGCGAUUGAAGUGUUUUAUACAUAAA